AUGAGUGAGGACUUUUUACGGCUAGUGUCGCAGGCGAAUCCUGCGACAAGACAGUACCAGCCCGCCAAUGGUUAUCCUCCCUCAACUGCCAGUACUACGGCAGGCCCGUAUUCCGAUCGUUCGCCGCAACUCAUGGACCCUUUCUUCGACGAUGAAGAUGACAACCUGCCCGAUUCUGCAUUUGGAAGACCAGCCCCAAUGCAAUCCAAAGAAAGCGGUCUGCCGUUAGCGCGUUCUGCAGCGCCUCCUGCUGGCACAGGCCCUUCCAGUUCAUCCAAUGGUCUUCCGCAAGGAUGGAACUUUGACGAUGACGACUUUCUUCCCGGAAACGGACAAUCUUACCCCGGCUCCUCUUCUACAAACCCACCUACGAUACCUGUCUCCAAGUUUUCAAGGUUCAAAUCACGAAAGUGGAGAUGGCCAUGGGAGAAAGAGCAAGCAUUGACCGGGGAGAGGGUGGUUGCUCUCAACAACCCCAUUGCCAAUACGGAAUAUUGCUCAAAUUUCGUCUCAACGAGCAAAUACAAUCUUGUGACGUUUCUGCCAAAGUUCCUCUUUGAACAAUUUUCAAAAUACGCCAAUUUAUUCUUCUUAUUCACGGCAUGCAUUCAACAAAUACCCGGCGUUUCACCUACAAAUAAGUACACGACGAUUGCUCCACUGGCAGUUGUCUUAAUGGCUUCGGCUUUUAAAGAAGUUCAAGAAGAUCUGAAACGCCACCAAUCAGACGGCGAACUAAAUUCGCGGAAAGCAAAAGUUCUCUCGCCGCAAUCGACAUUCGCGGACAGGAAAUGGAAGGACAUUCGUGUUGGAGAUGUGGUUCGACUUGAAAGCAAUGACUUCAUCCCAGCGGACAUGUUGCUUUUAAGUUCGAGUGAGCCUGAGGGACUGUGCUACAUUGAAACCUCCAAUCUAGAUGGCGAAACCAAUCUCAAGAUCAAGCAAGCCUCAACCCAUACCUCCACCCUGACAAAUCCUUCGCUCGUUAACUCUCUUCAUGGUUCCUUACGCUCAGAGCACCCUAAUAAUUCGUUGUACACGUACGAAGGUACAUUGGACCUUAUAAUGGAUGGCGGCGUUCCCAGGCAGGUCCCUCUCGGGCCUGACCAGGUUCUUUUGCGUGGCGCACAACUGCGCAAUACCCCUUGGGUUUACGGUCUUACUGUCUUUACAGGGCACGAGACGAAAUUAAUGCGAAAUGCAACUGCCGCACCAAUCAAGCGCACUGCUGUCGAGAGACAGGUCAACGUUCAGAUCGUAUUUCUAUUCAUCCUGCUUCUUGCUCUCUCCUUGGGCUCCACAAUUGGAAGCAGCAUUCGGUCAUGGUUCUUUUCGAGUGCGCAAUGGUAUCUAAUGGAGACGACGUCACUUUCCGGCCGAGCGAAAGGAUUUAUUGAAGAUAUCCUCACCUUCAUCAUCCUUUACAACAAUCUCAUCCCGAUUUCUCUCAUCGUCACCAUGGAAGUUGUCAAAUUCCAACAAGCCCAAUUGAUUAAUUCCGAUCUCGAUAUGUAUUAUGCGAAGACGGACACACCUGCUCUGUGCCGCACGUCAUCUCUCGUUGAAGAGCUGGGGCAGAUUGAAUAUGUUUUCAGCGACAAGACCGGAACGCUGACUUGCAACGAGAUGGAAUUUCGCUGUUGUAGUGUCGCUGGUAUUGCCUACGCUGAAGUUGUUGACGAAUCGAAGCGAGAGGGGGAAGAUGGACGACCAGGAUGGCGAACCUUUGCUGAAUUGCAAUCAGUGCUGAAUGGCGUCAGUAAUCCGUUCUUGGACCAGCCAUCAUCCUCAACCGCUUCGUCGGGGAAGGAACGAGAAAGAGAGGUUCUCCAGGAAUUUCUAACACUCUUGGCUGUCUGUCACACAGUCAUCCCAGAACUUAAAGACGAGAAGAUGGUGUAUCAGGCAUCGAGUCCGGACGAAGCAGCACUGGUCGCGGGGGCCGAGCUCCUUGGUUUCCAAUUCCGGACGAGGAAACCGAAAUCCGUGUUUGUGACUAUCCGAGGCCAAUCCCAGGAGUUCGAGAUUUUGAAUGUCUGCGAAUUCAAUUCUACUCGGAAGCGCAUGUCAACAGUCGUCAGAGGUCCGGAUGGGAAAAUUAAACUCUAUACCAAGGGAGCCGAUACAGUUAUCUUGGAACGUCUAAGCAAGAAUCAGCCUUAUACUGAGGCGACUCUUUCUCAUCUUGAGGACUACGCUACUGAAGGUCUCCGCACCCUUUGCAUCGCCUUCCGCGAGAUCCCCGAACAAGAGUACCAACAAUGGUCUGUCAUUUACAAUCAAGCCGCAGCGACCAUCAAUGGACGAGGAGACGCCCUGGAUCAAGCGGCAGAAUUGAUCGAAAAGGAUCUCUUUCUGCUGGGUGCCACGGCCAUCGAGGACAAACUGCAGGACGGGGUUCCAGACACCAUCCACACUCUUCAAAUGGCUGGCAUCAAGGUCUGGGUUCUGACGGGUGAUAGGCAAGAGACCGCGAUCAACAUAGGGAUGUCAUGUCGACUUAUAUCAGAGUCGAUGAAUCUGGUCAUCGUCAAUGAGGAGAACGCCCGUGAUACCGAGGAAUUUUUGACAAAACGAUUAUCCGCCAUCAAGAGCCAGAGGAGUACAGGCGAAUUGGAGGAUUUAGCUUUGAUUAUUGAUGGUAAAAGCCUUGGGUUUGCGCUUCAGAAGGAGAUGUCAAAAGUGUUUCUUGAGCUCGCCAUCAUGUGCAAAGCAGUGAUAUGUUGCCGUGUCUCCCCGUUGCAGAAGGCGUUAGUCGUCAAGCUGGUGAAAAAGAAUCAGAAGGCUAUUCUUCUGGCUAUAGGCGACGGCGCUAACGACGUUAGUAUGAUUCAAGCUGCCCAUGUUGGUGUCGGCAUUUCUGGAGUUGAGGGUCUACAAGCUGCUCGUUCCGCUGAUGUCGCGAUAUCUCAAUUCCGUUACUUGAAGAAACUGCUGCUUGUUCAUGGUUCAUGGAGUUACAGACGGCUUUCAAAACUGAUUCUUUAUUCCUUCUACAAGAACAUUGUUUUGUACAUGACUCAAUUUUGGUAUUCGUUCUUCAACAAUUUCUCCGGACAAAUCGCCUACGAAUCAUGGACGUUGUCGCUGUACAAUGUUGUCUUCACUGUCCUGCCACCCCUCGUUAUUGGAAUAUUCGACCAGUUCGUAUCAGCAAGAUUUUUGGACCGCUACCCUCAGUUAUAUGUCCUGGGCCAGAAAAACGAAUUCUUCACAAAAACCUCAUUUUGGCUUUGGGUCAUCAAUGCGCUUUACCAUAGCUUGAUCCUCUACGGAUUUUCUAUCAUCCUUUUCUGGGGUGACCUCAAGCUUUCCGAUGGUCUUGACUCAGGACAUUGGUUCUGGGGAACGACACUCUACCUUGCGGUAUUGUUGACCGUGCUGGGGAAAGCUGCGCUUAUUUCCGAUUUGUGGACCAAAUACACGGUUGCCGCAAUACCUGGUUCUUUCAUCUUCACCAUGCUCUUCCUCCCCCUUUACGCGGUUGUCGCCCCUGCCAUUGGGUUCUCGACAGAGUACCAGGGCAUUGUACCCGUUCUUUGGACAAACAGUGUUUUCUAUUUUGUCCUAAUCAUGAUUCCUCUCUUUUGCCUUGUUCGCGACUUCACAUGGAAAUACUACCGACGAACAUACAUGCCAUCAUCGUACCACAUUGUGCAAGAGCUGCAGAAAUACAACAUACCCGACUACCGACCAAGACAAGAACAGUUCCAAAAGGCGAUCAAAAAGGUCCGCGCGACCCAGCGCAUGCGCCGCAACCGUGGCUUUGCUUUCACACAAACGGAGAAUGCGGGCAAGCAAGACCAGGCGAAGAUCAUCCGCGCAUACGACACUUCGAAGACGAGCGCCCGCCCGACUGGUUACUAG